AUGCAACGGUGCGUUGGGACAACCCUGCAGCUGAAUAUAUUGGAGGGGAAGUACUGGGCUUCUGAUGUCAAAGGUGAAGCUGAAUUUGAUCUAGUAGUACAGUACGGGAAAGUCCCGCCGGAGUUGCGCAAGUUGAUAGCGACGGAGCCAGAAGACGUGGUGCGUUGUGGCAUGGCCCGUGCUGUGGAGCAGAUUGUGAGCGAGACUUUGAUUGAUGCGUGUUUCAAGCCGUCGGAUGUGGCUGAGGUGAGAACUGCGCCGGUGCUAAUUAGUCUUCGAAGCGACAGGGUGGAUUGGAAUCGGAGCACACGAAUUCAACAGCCUGCAGAAGAUGUGCGGCAAGAAUUCGAGCUUUAUUGUUCCAUGAUCACCUAUCACGAGUGUGGGCCUUCGAUGCCGUCAAACGUCGCUGCUCGGAAGCUACUGUCGCCAGACGAGAUUUCCUACCGCCGUCGGGAGGUUCUUGAUCCCAGAAGCGCUGCAUCUUAUGAGGUUCUAUGGCCUGAGAAGCAGGAGGGGGUUUGGCUGCAGGAUUCUGACCAUGUUCCGAUUAUCUUUGUGAUCACUUAUUUGCUGGGGGAAGAGAGGGGGACGGGCGACGGAGAUGUUCACCUGGAAGAUGUAGCUAGAAACGUGCGUGGGUUCUCGAUUCUAAAAUCCUCCCAGCUGACAGACCGGACUUCAGAACCGAGCAAGACGGUCUGGAAGGCAGUUCAUCCCCCUCUGCAGUACGGGUUAAGAGACCCCCGUGGGAACGAGUUACCUUUUUGCGUAAUGUGGCGCGUUCUGGAGCAUUUGGAAUCGGUUGAGAGCCCGGAGCUGGUAAUGACAAAGAUCCUGAACAGUAUUCAGGGCAACGGAGACUCGCAAACCUUACCUAGCGGCCAUGUUGUUUCUUGCCGUCACAUGCAUGACAACCCGAUGUACGGAGAACUGUGCUUCCGUACUUUGUUCACGCAAGAUUUUGACUCUUCCAUAGAAGAAAUUGACAAACAGAUUCUCCGCACGAUACCGGAGUACCAGGCGUUUCUGGACACACAUGUUCGGCUCCCCUACGACUGCUACGGGGGUGCGCUUUUGCCCGCCCCAUACAACCCGAAUUUGAAAUUAGAUCGGACGGAAGACAAUUUGGUUGGUAAGGUGAAAUACGAGGCCCAAGAGUACGACAAAUUGCGGCGUUAUGAAAAGUACCAAGAGUAUCUGAAUAUGGAAACCUUGUUCAAAUGGAAGCAGUUCCUAACUGAUAAGCCUCCGUACGAGCUCGGUCCUUAUCAAUUUGGUGACCUCCGUGGUGACCUUCGUGGUGACCUCCGAGGUGAUCUCGAUAGUGACGUCCGAAGUCAGCGGCUAUCGGAGAACAUAAAUGACAGCAAUAUCGCGGGUAAUAUUGUGGGCAAUGUUGUGGGGGGUCAGGAACAAUGGAUUCAGGUUGAGACAGCCUAUGAGAUUACAACGGAUGAGAUCCCGUGGAGUGGUAACUGGUUGCAUACAGUGAACUACGAUUUUGGGGACUCGACAACGGCCACGCGAUUUCUAUUGGAGGUUUGGGUCGGUGAGGAGUUCAGUGGAGAGUUGUUGCUGCCUGAGCUGCAGGAGUGGCACAAUUCGCAGAAGACAUUGUGGCCCUUAGUAGAGGACGCCAGCGCAGGUGGCGGCGUGACUCGGAAGGACUUUAGGAAACAGACGGCGCCGACUGCGGUGAAGGGAUGGGUGUAUCUGGAUGCGAUGUGGGAGGUGACCAACCCUCGGCGAGGCUUGUUGACACUGCGGUUGCGGGAGGUGCGCAACAUUUCAACCAAGUCCAUUAAGGAAGAAGACAUGGUACCGGGUGCGCCACAGGUUGUUGUGUGGGGGUACAAUACGGGUGAGAAGGAGUGGACACAGUGCGGCAAGUUUCCCGAAUUUGAGCAUGCCCUGUACUUCCUGAAGAACAACAAAGCGGAGGACAUCAUGGGUGACCUGUGGGAAUGGGACACACGUGUGCUUGGUCCGCAACCAAACUGGUUCAACUAUUUCAGCUGGUCUAAACCUGGCAUCAUGAAGACUAUUCGUCAAGAGUUGCCCGUGCAGAUUGUCCAGGUACGCAAGGUUAAGAGACAUUUGCACCUUAAUAGCCUGGUCACGCGCUACGUGGAUCUGCCCGCGGCCUUUUCGGAACUGUGCCAUCACGGAAUUCCCGAUAUCCUUAGACCCUACAUCUGGACCGAACUAUUGGGGGUCUAUUUAUUACGGAAACGUUUGGAUCUAUGGGUGGCACAAAGCUUUGCAACAAGACAACCCGCGUACAACUUCAUCAUCCAAGACAUGCUCUGCACUGUCACACCUCUGUUCGUCUGCAUCGAAGAAGAUCUAGACGUGUUCAGCGCUACAUUUGGCAUUGACUCAUCGCACCGCGAAAUCAUCUCACGAACAAUCCGCUCCCUUAUGCUCUUUUGUUCCUCGGACCAGGGCCCCCGAAACGCCGAACGGGGACUGAGGAUAGAGGCCAGUCAUAUGGGUUCCCCCAUUGCCUAUUCUUACCGGCUCAUUUUUGUUGCCUAUUAUCUGUCUUUGGACUUUUAUAGCCAGCGCCUUUCCGAAGAAGACAUUUUCUACUGCCUGCUUGCUCUCUUUGCCAUCGACUCAGACACCAAAGCCCCUUUCAGAGAUUACUACCUUUGCGAGCAGUCCUGGUGUUACGGAUCGAACGAGAUCCCUGUGGCCUAUUCCGAUGCCAUUCUGUUGCGUCUUGCAUACGAGCGCUACUGCCCAGCAAAGUAUCACACGGUGCAGCGAACCGGCUUCAGUAUCGAGGCUGCCUUCACCCCGUUGCUGCGCAGCCUCUUUGCUGGGUCUCUGCCCACGCAGUCUCUUUAUCGUCUGUGGGACCUCUUGUUUAACGUGCUCUGGAAACCGGACUGCCCUGUGGCGCGGACCGGAAGCCGAGCUUUCGAGAUUGGAGCAUCACGCAAGGUACGGGCCGAGCGAGGCAGGUCACCAGAGGACUUGGCUGCUCAGGUCCUUUUCAAGGGGUCUUUAGGACGUAAGACAUUGUUCUGUUUCGCUUUCAAAAUCCUAGACAAAGCCGUAGAAGCGCUACCUCCACAUCCAACUGCAGCCGAAAUGAAAGACGCUGUCAUGUCCGUUUGUACCCGGCUACGAUACCCAUGCGAGGUCCCAUUGCUCGUACAUCAGGGCGAAAAUUCUGCUUUGGUUCGAGAUGAUUUAUUUAGUCUUCAAAAUCUCGCGCAGGCAGAGCUCGCUUUAAGGGCUGAACAGUUACGAUACCCCACACAUGUAGGCUUACUUUUGGAGCACUGUCUUUGUAACCCAACAUUGAUCAAAGAAGACAUCCCGUGCAACUAUGUACUGGGCUAUGAUGAGCAUCCUUCGAUCAGCACCAAAGAUAAAAUCUAUGGUAUCGUCACCCAGGAACCCGGAUUGACUACGGAACAAAUGGUACGAAUGGUGUAUCCGGCAAGCAAAUAUCAUAGUCUCUUCGCGCCUCCCGAGAUCAGGAAACUUCCUCCCGGGACCCAAGGAAGGCUUAUUCUUCACGUUAGCAAAAUACAUUUCUUAGCACACAAAUCGGAUCCCAUUGCCGGCUCUAUUGAGCUGAUAGUAUCAUUCCAAAAUGAAACCCACAGAUACAUACCCAAAUACCUCACGACUGAAGCGGAAGAUGGUAGGACGGACUACAAGCUUACGGAAAAUAACGUUUGUGUUUACUAUAUUGAGACACCACCACCUUACCACUUACGACUUGCACUCCGCAGUUUGGAGAGUGGUGAAAUUAUUGCUAAGCAAACGAGUUCGUUGGAAAUAAAGAAGUUAACAACACAAGCGAGUUGCCUUACCUUCCUUGACUCUAGUAACUUCAACGGUAGGCCCACGGAAUUGUAUUUACGAUGGACGCUCCUCGUACCCACAGGGGAUAUGUUCCUUCCUGAUAUUGAUGGCCGGAAUGCCAUCUCUAGUAAUGCGCUGCGACCAGGCUUCGGUCAUUGGGGUGAUCUUGCUCCAUUUGAACCACUGUAUGUCAAGCUGAACCAAACUCCCCUAGGAACCGCGUCCUCCGCUAUUCGACACAGAUCGUCUUACCCACUCCACAAACGUUCCAGCGCCGUCACUGAGUCCACUGUCGGAGCAAGGCUGGCGGCUGAACAAAGAUCCGAUGAUGAACUGCAAGAAUUCGGGGACAUUGCUGUACCUUUCAGACCUGCCGACAGACCCAGAUGCUUCCUCGGGUACAAUAGACCGACCUUAGAAGAGAUCAUGACUUUCUCAUUCCCACCAGGUGUUAACAUCAGUGAAAGAAUAAUCACCUACUUUGGACAUGUGCGCGAUCGCAACAAUUUCCAAACCGUCUUCUCUACACCCGUCUCGUACCGCGAAAUUGUCACGACGCUGAUCAUGCUAUCCCGCGGGAGUUUGAUCGACAAAUUGGAGCUCUUAUUCGAUCUUUACGGACACCAUGAACCUGAGAAAAUCGAACAAGAUCAGAAGGAACUCGCAGGAACUAAUGGCCUUUAUUACCACCCCAUGGUUUCGCCGGAGGCACCAAGUGCCACUCACUACAAGCAAAUGACAUCUCUCGAACGCCUUUCCGUUACUGCUACACGACCAAACAGCUUCAUGCCGGAAGACUGUCCGAAAAUCAUUCGGGAAAACACGCGUGUUAUUAAUAACGCCAUCUCCAUGGCCGCAAUCAUUGGCAUGGUAACACAGGUCUUCUCUAAAAAUGGUGUGCAUAUGAACAAUGCAGACAUUAUCAAGUACUGCUUCCAAAGCUUCGAUCCAAUGGCCAGACUUCCCCGCGUGCUUGGGGCUAGCAUUAGAACUAAUGAGCCUAUUCGGGCCGAAGAAGAAACGACCGAUCCUGCCUCAGGACGUCUCACCAAUUUGGUACCCAACGUUUUCUGCAGUUCCGUUCCGACGUACGACGGGGACUCAACGGAUGAAGGCCAAGUUCAUGUCGCAGGCACCCUUCCUUCCCCAGUCAAUGUCACCGACCAAGUAGCUGCCUGGAUAGACGUCUCGACUGCGGAAAGCCAGUGGUGGGGUCUGAAUUUCUUCAAACACCAUUCACUCGAAUUAAUGGGCAUAACAGACCCAUUCCCGAGCUACACGAAGAAAAUGGACAUUAUUAUUACUCCUUCAGGUGACCUACAGGACGUCCAUUUGAUCUCUGUGGAUGUUGAUGAGUAUGGUAACAUUACCGGUGGUCAAGGCGGAAAUUACCUGGUGCUGGCAAAAAGCGAAAACGAAGAGAACGAAACCGGGGCUUGGGCUGCUAUUCGAAACGAUCUAUUUGUGCGCGAGGGUAACAAAAGCCUCCUUACCAUCUGCUAUGCCUUUGAGCUGAGUUCAGUGGUGUUUGAUAAGUAUCACUUCAUCAUGUCUUUAAUGAGCAAUUCUCUCAUCACGGAUUGCCUAAGAAGAUCGAACAUGUUCGCUUGUAACUUUAUUAAGCAAGAUCCAUUGAACGUUAAUUGCUUCAUGAACGUUCCUUUCUCCACUGAUUUCCACCGUAAUGUUCUCGGUUUGUCAUUCCGUAAUCAUCAACCCAACGCGAUCGAGAAUGAACGGACCUACAGCAGCGAACAGUCGCUUACCAAAUAUGACAACGACUCGCCCAGGUCGCGGUCUAAGAAGCCGAAUCGCAGAAGAGACGACGCCCGUCUUGACGGCCAAAGCAAAGGACGAGGACAGUUCUUAGAUAAACCACCGGAAAACGAUUCUUCGCUGGGAGAUUUGAAUUCGCCGUUAUACAGAAACCGGGACGACUUUGAUACUCUGGCCAGAAAUCCAAUUGAAUUCCAAGAUCAGGCAGUUCACGGCUCCGUUAUCAGGGAUGGCUUACAGCAAAAUUCAACCAAACCGCAAGUUGUGGUCGCCAUAAAACGCGUGCGGGCAUUAAAAUUGAUUCAAGAAUGCGUCUGUGACUUGCUCGUAUCGGUUGAAUAUGGCUCCGAAAUUGAUAAUACGACCGUCCACAGUGACGUUCAUUUUACCGAUACAGUAGAAUGGUCGGAUAAUUUCCUCUAUUAUCUUAUUCCAGAAGUAUAUAAACUCAGAUUCAACGUCAUCAAUGCUACGAGCAACUUAUCUGCUGGAGAGGUUGAGCUAAACUUUGAGUCUCUAAUACAGCAGUCACGGUUCACUGCUCAUCUUACUCUUCCUUUGCUCUACCGAGACAACGAAGUGGGAGAGAUUGAUGUGUCAAUUGCCUUUUUAGGAGUAGUCAACCAAUCAAGCCGCCGGCAUGAUCUAACACAGAAGCUUGUUGGCGAAUCAGGAAAGACGGUUAGUAAACACGUGGAUAUGAAGAUCAUAAAGGGGAACGACAUUCCUCAGCACACGGUAAGUACCAUUCAAGUGAAAAAAAUGCACGUGCUGGGUAAUGAAUGA